CAGUCCCGGUGGAUCUCGCUGCUCCAUCAAGAUGAGCAAGACCUCCCAGACCCAGGAACCUCUCUCUGACCUGGAGAGGUCCAUGAAUGUCAUCAUUGAUGUCUUCCACCAGUACUCGAGACGGGAGGGACACAGUGACACCCUGACCAAGAGGGAGCUGAAGCUCCUGAUUGAGAAGCAGCUGGCCAACUACCUGAAGCAUGUGAAAAGCCAGGCCACCAUUGAUGAGAUCAUGAAGGACCUGGACAUCAACAGGGAUGCUCAGCUCAGCUUCAGUGAAGUGAUGCUGCUGAUCACCAGGGUGACCAUUGCCACCCACGAGCACCUCCACGAAGUUGAGGACCAGCAGCAGCAGCACCAGCACAAACACCAGCACCACUGAGGCAGGAUGUGGUCCCUGGCCAAAGAGGCACCCAUGAAGUGGUCCCAGCCCCUGGCUUCUCCUCUCCAUCCCUCUUCCCCACCUCCCUCCUUCCCUUCCUUCAACCUUGAUGGUCUUGCUGCCAAAUAAACCUUUGCCUUGAGGCUCU